AUGGGAAACCCAGGAAUUCUCAACAGGCAGCAGCAGCAUCAUCAUCUCCUCCCCUCUUCCUCCGACGCGACCACCAACUCGUGGGCCCAACACCGGCGUGAGGCCCUCCGCCGCCUCUCCGAAAACCUCGCCGCCGCCUUCGCUCCCCGAAUUCAUCCCUUCACAGACGUCGUCAUCUCGUGGCCCGGAUGUGCUCGAGUUGAAGGUUUGGUGAAGGUUUUGAAGUUGGGUUCGACGGCGCUGGUCGGUUUGGGGUACCUGUACAGUGGAAGGUGGGCCCGCUGCCGGGGGGUCUGCGUCUGCGUGACGAGGAGUGUGGCCCAUGUCGGGUUUCCGCGGCCGGUGGAUUUCAUGGUGGAGGUGAUGUACAUGGCGUUUGUGUUCCAGAUUCAUGAGCUUGUCAGCUUGUUUCAGCGUCACCUCCUUGAUAUUAUUGAAAGAGUGGCCGUAGACGACAUACCCGUAAUCUUAUCCGUCGCAAACUUAUGCAGCAAAUCUUACACUCGGUUGAUUAAUAGGUGCAUCGAAAUUAUAGUCAAAUCAGACCUCGAUGCUGGCACGCUCGAGAAGCCAUUACCGCCUGAUAUACUCAAACAAAUCAUGGACUCACGAUUAAAGCAAGGUUUAACCGAACCUGGAACUGAUUCCACUGACAAACAUGUGAAACGAUUACAUAGAGCUCUUGAAUCAGACGAUGUUGAAUUAGUAAGAAUGCUACUGAAAGAGGGGCACACUAGUCUUGAUGAUGCAUGUGCACUUCAUUAUGCAGUAGCACAUUGCGACUCCAAAAUCACCACAGAGCUUCUUGAUCUAGGGUUAGCAGAUGUCAACCAUAGAAAUCUCAGAGGUUAUACUGUGCUUCACAUUGCUGCAAUGAGGAAGGAACCAAAGAUCAUUGUUUCUCUUUUAACAAAGGGAGCUAGGCCCUCUGAUCUUACAUUGGAUGGAAGAAAAGCUCUUCAGAUUGCUAAAAGGGUUACUAAGUCUGUUGAUUUUUAUAAAUCUACCGAAGAAGGGAAAUCAUCUCCCAAAGAUCGGUUGUGCAUUGAGAUAUUGGAACAAGCUGAGAGAAGAGAUCCUUUGAUAGGAGAAGCUUCAGUUUCUCUUGCAAUGGCUGGUGAUGAUCUGCGCGGGAGACUCUUGUACCUUGAGAAUCGAGUUGCUCUUGCAAGAAUGUUAUUCCCUAUGGAAGCAAAAGUAGCAAUGGACAUUGCUCAGGUGGAUGGAACUUUGGAAUUCACUUUAGGUUCCACAUCAGACCACCAAACUGGAGCUCAGAGGUCAACAGUGGACUUGAAUGAAACACCCUUCAAAAUCAAGGAAGAGCAUUUGUCUCGAAUUAAAGCACUCUCAAGGACAGUGGAACUUGGGAAGCGGUUCUUUCCUCGAUGUUCUGAGGUUCUCAACAGAAUCAUGGAUGAUGAGCUCACCGAUAUUGCUUCAUUUGGAAGUGACAACUCUUCAGAAGAAAGAAGAAGAAGAUAUCUGGAACUGCAGGGUGUACUCGAAAAAGCAUUCACAGCAGAUAAAGAGGAAUUUGAUAGAUCCACUAUAUCUUCAUCAUCGUCUACAUCAAUAGGAGCUACUCGAAUAAGGAGGAGAUAAUUCCUUUUUUCUUUGGAGUUGUAGGCAUUUCAUUUUCCUUUUCAUAGUUUGUAUAUUUUGGUGGUCAUAUGUAUAUGUAUUGGAGCGAUCUUGUGGUAACUGCCCA